GUCCGUAAGGGGGUGGGAAUGAGUUUUGAAUAACCUACCUGCUCAUUUUGGAAAGGCUAUCCCGAAACAUUCCCAUUAGCAAGUUGAGUCAAUCAACACAAUGAAACCAACGAUUGAAUUUAGUUAAGAGGCCGAACUUCACGUAAGGAUUAUUAAAGCGAUUCAACAUAUAAAGUCUGUGCUCAUAGCGCGUUUUGGGAAUUUGCGCAUUGCUACCUCCGGGCUUGAUUCAUUAUUCUGUGUGUUCACUGCUUCCGGGAAUUUUGGAAAAUAUUUAGCGGAAAUACAAUUCUACAACUCUACAACUCUUUGCUGGAAAAUCGAAAUCACCCUAACUUGCAACUGUUGGAACAGGUUAGAUGGGAAACUUGGUUUCUCCAAAAAAGAAACUGUGUAAAGAAGAUCUGAUAUUUCUCAAGGAAAACACCCACUUCUCAAAGAAACAGAUAAAACAGUGGUACAACGGAUUUAUUCGCGACUGCCCCUCAGGCCAACUCAGUAAAAAGAAGUUCAUUGAAGUGUACUCCGGAUUUUUUCCGGAUGGCAACGCGGAAGAAUUUUGCACACAUGUGUUCCGGACGUUUGAUAAAGAUAACUCAGGACGGAUUGAUUUCAAAGAAUUUUUGUUGGCUAUCAACAUCACAUCUGGUGGAGACCCUGAAGAGAAAUUAGAAUGGGCCUAUCAAAUGUAUGACAUCGAUGGAAACGGAACAAUUGAAAGAACCGAAAUGGUCGAAAUAAUAAGAGCCAUCUAUUCCAUGUUGGGAGCAGAGAACAGCGCAACCGAUUUGAGUCCAGAGGCUCGAGCAGAAGAAAUUUUUGAGAAAAUGGAUGAAAAUGGUGAUGGGGUUCUCACAAGAGAAGAGUUCAUGAAAGGAUGCAUGCAGGAUAGCCAGCUGAAGGCAAUGCUUUUAGCCGAUGAACCUGUGGAAUAGACUGAACUCAGAAUGCGACCAAAUCCAAAAUAAUGGACGCAGUAAAACAAGUCAUUACUUAUUGCGUUAUUUCUGCUGAUUAAAUUCAAUUGGUGGUGUUAAACCUCUCUGAAACUCCGGGAAAAUGUACAUUUAUCCAUUUGCAAUAUAAUUGCUCUAUUUCCAUGCAAAAACAAACACGGCCCUUGUGGUAUCUUAUAAGUUUCUCUAUUUUUCUGGAGACUUCUACCUACUACACAGGACCUGAAAAUGUUCUUCUAAUAUGCUCAAUCUUAUGCUGGCAAUACAAGC